GUAGUCCAAGUUGGAGCAGAGUUCUGUUGGUGACUUGCAUGUUCAUGUUUCUUCCUUCCUCACAAAGAAAACCACACCAAGAAAUCGCUUUGAGAGCGCCGUCCAUGGAGUGGGUUCGGGGUGAACCAGUGGGUCAUGGAAGCUUUGCAACCGUGAAUUUAGCCAUACCCAGAAACGGUUCCGCUCAUGCUUCUCCGUUAAUGGUCGUGAAAUCUUCCGAAUCUUCCCGCUCUGUGUCGCUGAAGAACGAGAAACAAGUGCUCGAUCAGCUAUCCACUUGCCCCCAAGUAAUUCGGUGUCUUGGAGAUGAUCAAAGCGUCGAGAACGGCGAGGAGUUGUACAACCUGUUCUUGGAGUACGCAUCUCAUGGUAGUUUGGCCGACCAGCUCCAGAACCGCGGCGGCUCGUUACCCGAGUCCGAUGUUAGGCGAUACGUGAAGUCGGUACUCAAAGGGCUUCGUGAUGUUCACGCGAAAGGAUUCGUUCACUGCGACAUAAAGCUUCAGAAUAUCCUUGUGUUCGGCAAUGGAGCCAUCAAAAUCGCGGACUUUGGACUGGCAAAAAAAGCAGAGCAAGAACAGAGUGGAGAAGGAAACAGAGCCGAGUUCAGAGGAACUCCCCUUUACAUGUCGCCGGAAUCAGUUAACGACAGUGAGUACGAAUCGCCUGCGGAUAUUUCUCUUGGGUGCGCGGUGGUGGAGAUGCUCACUGGGAAGCCGGCGUGGAAUUGUGGGGCCGAGUACAAUAUCUGCAAGCUUCUGAUUCGAAUUGGGGUUGGUGAGGAAGUGCCGCAAGUCCCGAAGGAAUUGUCUUUCGAGGGGAGAGAUUUUCUCGGGAAGUGUUUCUUUAAAGAUCCGAGAAAGCGAUGGACGGCUGAGAUGCUCCUGGACCAUCCCUUCGUUGCUGCUGAUGAUAAUAACGAUCAUGACGCUAUUCCAUUGGAGGACAGAGAUGAAUCGAAGACGUCUUCGUCACCCAGAAGUCCUUUCGAUUUUCCAGAAUGGGUGUCGGUGCAGUCUUCGGUUGUGGUCUCGCCGGAGUCGUCACCGAAUUCUGGUAAAGUGUUUGAGUGGGAGGUGAUGAAUUCAGGGGUCGGUUCGUUGGCUUUGUCGCGUUUUUGUUCUCCGAUGGAUCGGCUCCGGCAGCUGGCGGCUGAUGAGUUACCCAAUUGGAAUUGCUCGAAGAGUUGGUUGACGGUGAGGUGACCGGAAGUGGACAAUUUUGAGCAGAGUAGAGGGAUGGAGGUGUGGGAAGUCAAUUUUGGGCAAGUUUUUCAUCACAUCUGACGGUUCUGAUUAGAUGCUGAUAUUUUUUAUUGUAAAUACUUUGAACAGAGAGAGAAUCCAUUUGAACA